AUGGAACAAUCGAUGCCGUUGUGGUUAAGUAGUUUUGAAGAAGAAAUUGAUACAUAUAUCUUUAUCUCAUCAAGAGAUAAUAAAUUAUAUUUAGGUAUCUUAAGGACUUAUGAUCAACAUGGUAACAUAUUCUUAACUCAUUGUGUUGAAAAAAUUAUUGUAGCUGAAAAGAAUUGUUUUUCUGAUGUUUAUGUUGGAAAUUUAAUAAUUAGAGGGGAUAAUAUUGCUUAUUUUGGAUCUGUUGAUGAAGAAAAAUACUCUAAGAUAUUUGAUUAUUCUCAAAAAAAUACAAAAGAAAAUUAUUUAGAUAAUGAAGGAAUAAAUAUACCAAAUGAAAAAAACAAUUCCAGUGAAAAUAUGAUUCUUCAAUAUAAACCAGUUAAUUAUAUUUUAAAAUUUAUAUCAGAAAAUAACAAUGACUCUUCUAUAUUUGAAAAUUAA